CUUUUCUGCUUUGCAACUGCUAUAUUUAGUACCACAGGCAAUAUAGAAUCAGAAAUUCAAUCAUCGAUAAUACAAAGUGGUACUGAACGAAGGAAUGGAAAAAUUUACUGAUUAUAUUGUAUCACUUUGUCAAAAUUCUCUUGAGCUAUGAACGUGGUUGCAAAAAACGACGGUAUUGAUGUCUAGACUAUUCUCACAGAAAUCGCUCCAAACUAAACGACCUGUGUUGUGAAUUAAGAACGCACGCUAUAAAAUAAACGUAUGACAUAUGUGCAUACAUAUAAGUAUUCAUGUACAUACAUAUUCCUGUAGACAGAAUACAAAGAUGGGGACAAGGUUUUUAUAAAACCAAAGGCUAGAGUUUACUGUUUCCUCAAUGCCUGAGACCGUCCAUACGUGGCGAAGAGUCACAUCCUGCUCGAGGUGUCCCUGCUUUUACAGAAUAUGGCGGAUCUAGAGAGGAAAACUCGAUAAAACCCGUAAUCCCAGGUGUUAGCCGAACCGUGCCUAGGGAUGAAUGGCACUACGUAAGUGUGUCUUCGAACGGAGGACUCCAGAUACCUGGCGCCCUCUGGUUUAAACCAGCCUUUCCGUGGUACAAUGGGGCUAUGCUACGGAUGACGUAAUAUCCCCUACACUCGUGGGAACAACAAUGCCUAAAAAAAACAUUAAUUAUAAAAAAAAUACACCAAACACUGGAAAAGGUCGCAUAAAACACCAUAUACCUGCUGAAAAGCAAUUAUUCAAAGGAAACGGUUAUGUCAGAUACAAAAAACUAAAAGCUAUGGGGAUUAAGCGUGAUGAAGCGGAGAGGUUGGCUCAUGAUGUGAGAGAAUGUAAUAAAAUCUUUGGGAAAGUUAAACAUGAUCGAACCCAAGAAAUCAAAGGUUUAGUUAAGGUCGAAGAAGGUACUGGCCCUAAUCAAGUCGAUGUAAAUGGUAUCUUUCAGUUUGAGCGCCAACGUGAUAUAUUAAGACGAAUUCUCGCACAAGGAGUUCCAUUGGAUGAGGCCAUACCAUUAGCCAGGGAAGCUGGUGAAUCUCAAGAACCUUUCGAUCGUGCAUUAGCUAAACGAUUUGUCCGCGAACAACUUUCAGACAUUAGAUCCUCCUCAGACGAAAUAACAGUCACUGGAGGUGCACGAAAGCGUUUUAGAAUAUUAGUUUCAAAAGGCGUUCAUAUUGAAAAGGCUAGAAUUGUUUGUCAGUGUCCGGUGAAAACCCGUCAACUUAGAUUUGCUCUGAGUGGCACAAUAAUAGAACCUACACCUAAAGCCCCUAAACGACCAGUUCGAGCAGCUAAUACCAAAAGCUCACCAGCAAAUUUCCGAUCAUCUGGAACCGGCAAUACAUCAAAUUCAAAUAUAGCAUAUGAGCAAUCACAAAAUGCAUUGCGUGAUAACAAAAGUCAUCCUCAGCAGAUCAACAUAAAUGAAACACAGUGUAAAAAUACACGCCACAUUGAACCACAAAUCAGUACUUCAAUACGUUACAGACAGGAAACCCCAUUUUUGGGAACAAUGAUAGAACCGCACACGAACGAUGACCCACUUAGAAUAAAAUUAGCUGUGAUAUCUCCGGAUUUUCCCUUGACCAUUUGGCCUACGGAAAUGUUAAAAGGAAUACAGCAUUUUAUUUCCAAAGCAGCUGACAAUGAAGGAAUCGACUUGACGUCUCUUUAUGCUUCUUGUAGUUUUCGUCCCGGGUGGAUCGCAUACUCGAUAACAGAUAUGAGAACUGCUCAAUGGUUUAGAACGAGAGUUCCACAUCUGCGACCAUAUGAAGCUUUUCUAGCAGUCGUCGAUCAGGAUGCAGUGCCACGAUCGCAAAUUUUUGUGGGGUACAUUCCCGAACAGAGAAACUUAUCUAAUGACGAUUUGUUGGAAGCCAUCGGAAUGAAAAACAACGGUCUCCGCACACGGGACUGGAACGUAAUUAAUAGAACACAGAGAGGUUCAAUACUGGAGCUUUUGGUUCUGAUUGAUCCCUUUUCCGUUAAGGCUCUUCAGGUGAACAAUUAUUCAAUAAAAUAUGGACAUUCAAGCGCUUGUUUAAAGCCUAGACAAUCUUUAGGCGUGCCGUCCUUUCGGGAAUCCACACAACCAUAUUCAACAAGCUCGUCCAAUGUAAUUUUAUCUACAAAAGAAGACGAACGGAAAAAUUCACAUAGAAGAGAAUACGAUAGAAACGAAAGCGUUGACUUUUCAAGUCGAAGAGAUCAACAUAGAAAUGACGGCAACGACCGGAAAAGUUCGCACAGAAGAGAAUACAAUAGAAAUGAGAUUAGAGAUUUUCCGAGGCGAAGUGAAAAAAGUAAAAACGACUCACGGAAUUCUAAUUCCUACUGGCGCAGCAUGUAAA